UUAGCCCUUGUUUUUCUCACUAACAGCAAAUUGACCAAGAUGGACGUGUCCAGCAGAAAAAAGGAGGAGGAGGAGAGCACCUUCACCAACAUUUCUCUAGUGGAUGACACGGAUCAUUCAUCAAGAAUUUUACGUCGAAGUCCUAAAAGUUUGUUACCCAAGAUGAUGAGUGCUGACAUGGAUGCAGUUGAUGCUGAAAAUCAGGUGGAACUGGAGGAAAAAACAAGACUUAUUAAUCAAGUGUUGGAACUCCAACACACACUUGAAGAUCUCUCGGCAAGAGUAGAUGCAGUUAAAGAAGAAAAUCUGAAGCUAAAGUCAGAAAACCAAGUUCUUGGACAAUAUAUAGAAAACCUCAUGUCUGCUUCUAGUGUUUUUCAAACAACUGACACAAAAAGCAAAAGAAAGUAAGGGAUUGGUUCCCUUCUGUUUUAUGGAAUUGCUGCUGACCAUUUUUUUUCCCCUCCCUUUAAAACUUGGAUAGAUUCCAAAAGUUACAGUACCUUUGUUUGUGGCUUCAUUGAAUAUUUAUGAAGAUAAUGGCAGAUCUAGGCAAAAUUAACUGCAUAACAAGAGAGUUCCAUGAGUUUGUGUAUUAUGUUAGUCUAUGAAAAUGUGCAAAUGUAUUGUAGAGACUUUAUAAUUAGAACUGCAUAUAUUUAUGAGACUUGAAGAUGAAUGUUUUAUUGAAUUUGCUUUGAUAUUUAGGUUUAGCACUGUCUUUUAUUAUAUAGGCUUAGUAAAAUAUAUAAGAAAAUAACCACCAUGUUGUGAAAAAGUGACCAAAAUCAUGUACUGAAUGCACAGCUUUAUGUACCCUGUCCACCAUCUUGUGCCUCUUCUCCAUUUGCCUCUUCCUUCCCAUUUCCCUUCCCCUAAGGAAAAAAGAAAGUCUCACAUUUGUAAAAGUAAUUUUAAUAGUUAAUCACUUAUGAGAGUAACCUGAUCUAAUUGUUGAAACUUAACCAAAAUAAGAUUGUUUCUUAGCUAGGGUUUGUCCUUUGUGAUAUUUAAUAAUGAGAUAGGAUUGCUGGUUUCUCUUUAAGCAAUUGAAGAUGGACCAAGACUAUAAAAAUGGUCUCACAUUGGGAAGAUUUGUUAAAAACUUCCUUUUGCACAAAAUAACCUACUUGGUACCUGAAAAGAUAGAGGAGUUCUGGUCAUGUAUGUGUUCAAGAUAGAAAAUCUCAAGGAAAAAUAAAAAUGGGGCAGGAAACUUGGUAAGUACUAGUAACCAACUCCAAAUGCUUUCACUCCAAAUUUAUGUUCUCUCUGGCAGAACAGAUUUUUGGGGUACAAUAGAUAUAAAAAUGGAUUAAGUUUGAAUAACUUUAUGUAAGCCACAUUUUGGGGAGACCAGAUACCAUUUGGUCUCAAGGACAUUUACCCAGUAGAUCAACUUAUUAGUAUCAGAAUCAUGAACACAAAGUAGAAUUUACAUGUAUAAUAACUAGUAAUCUUAAUCAUAUUAGCUCACUUAUGCUCCCAGUAUUUUCUGUAAAUUCAACCAUUUAGUUUGCAGAGGUUUAGUCAUUCUUUAACAAUUUUUAAAAAUUUAGUUUGUAGAUUCCAUUUGGUAAGGGAAUCAGUAUUGGAAAUAAUAUUAAGAUGUUAUAAUAGGAAAAGAGAUCUACUAAUAUAGCUUAUGAUUAUUAGAUUUGGGCUACUUUUGAUCAUGAAAUAAUCUUAUGUAUUAGUGUAAGAUUUGAUAUGUGACUUUAGCUGUAUGAAUAUAUAAUAACUGCAAACAUUUUGCAUCCCUUUUGUGACCUAAUUUACAAACAUUUAAAAUUGUGUUGCAGUUCUGCUUUGCUGUUUAAUAAAAAGCUAUUUCAGAGA